CCUGAAUUCACCGCGCAGUUGACGAUUCGCGAUUACGCAAUUGAGCCGUUGAUUCAUGCGUUGUUUCCUCUGGCACGCAGUGUGUCGUCGUGGCUUGGAUAACUAGUCCACUCGUGAAUAAUAGUAUUUCUACGAAAACAUAUCAUUCGGCGAAGAGCAGAUGAGUAAUUAGUGUCAUCUCUUUCCGUGACAAGCAAAGAUGGGAUCGAAAUAUAUGGAACGCUGGGCUGGUAAAACCGCGGUUGUCACCGGCGUAGCAUCUGGUAUUGGAGAAGCAAUUGCACUUGACCUCUUGAGGAACAUGGUAAACGUGAUAGGUCUGGACAUACGAUCCGAAUCGUGUCUCUCUAGUAAGUGGAAAGAAAACGAAACACGUGGACACUUCCGGUACGUAGUUUGCGACGUAAGCGAGCCAGAGAACCUGGAGGACUUUUUCACUCUUGUUGAAGAGGAUGGUGGGGUGGACAUCAUGGUAAAUAAUGUUGGGGUUGCGGACUACAAACGCAUUAUUGAGAGCGACAGGCGGACGUUUCAAAGGCUGUUAAAUAUUAAUGUCCUCGCGACCUCCAUGUGCAUCAACUGGGCGGUGCGCUCGAUGCGCCAGCGGAACGUCGAAGGGCAUAUUUUCAAUAUCAACAGCGUGCUGGGACACAAAAUUCCAAGCGGAUCCUUUUUGGAAAUCGAUGGCUGUAAUGGCUGGAACCUGUACCCCACUUGCAAACACGGAACUGUUGCAUUAACGCACACGGUGCGGCAGGAAUUGGCGGCCAUUAAAGCACCGAUUCGAAUCACCAGUAUCUCUCCCGGCAUAGUGAAUACCAACAUAGCGGAGCAUGCUCCUCAAUUAACGGAUAUUUUGAAGAAAAUUCCAGCUCUCGAGCCAGAGGAUGUCGCGGAUGCUUUGAUUUAUGCACUCGGUACUCGACCCGAAGUGCAAAUCUCGGAGCUGACUAUUCAACACACGGGUGAGCCGUGAUCUUUCUAUCCGUUUUGUAUCUACAUGUAAACGGAUAAGGAUUUAGUAGACUGUAACUAAAAGUAACAUUGAUUUUUUAACUACGCGCGUAAUAAAAUUUAGUCUGUUUUUUCCGUACGAGGCUUUUGCUUUUUCAUCUAGAUAAAAUGUUGCGAGUGUUUGAAAGAUUCGUUUCGUUCCUUUUAUGUUUUUUCUGUGAAAGAGGGAUUUGUUACCGAAUGGUUACAGCGUGUGUAAUACUGAAACUGCCAGUUGACUUUUAUACAAACUUUUAUUUUAGAAAUACAAGUGCAAUUAGUAGAACAAAGAAAAUUCAGUACAUUGUGACAGGUGCAUAAAUGGAACAAUAUAAUCUGUUCGUAUCAACGUAAACACGUGUUGACGUAAAACUUUGACGAAGAAUAGAAUUCGUUUUCAGAAUAAAAUUUCCUUUGUCAACAUAUUUGUCGAUAACAUAAAAAUAUUGAUAUUAUAUUUGGUAGCAAAUAAAUGAUUCCAAAGAACGUGCAUCUAA